AUGGAUGUAUAUGAAAGUCGUCCAGACCCUAAGGACUUGUUACAGGAGAAUCAUCCCAGAAGGUGGGAAAUAUUCGUCGAUGGAUCAUCAAACAGUUGUGGAGGGGGGAUAGGAAUAGUAUUCACUUCGCCCACAGGGAUCAGGAUAAUUUUCUGCUUUCGGUUGGAAUACAAAGCAACAAAUAACGAGACUGAAUAUGAAGCAGUGGUACAAGCUUUAAGGAUUUCGAUAGAAAUGGGAUUAAACGAAGUACCAAUUACCAGUGAUUCACAGCUAGUGGUUCGCCAAAUUGAAGGAAGAUAUAACGCAGUUGAUCUGGUGAUGCAGAGAUAUCAGCAACUCGUGAAAGAAUACUCAAUGAAGAUACGAAGCCUUAUUUGGAGAAACAUAGGACGAGACAAUAAUAGACAUGCAGAUGCACUUGCCUUUAUAGCCUCAAUGAUUGAGGAUCCAAAAAUCGGGCAUAUCAUGAUUGAGCGGUUAAUGCAACUCUCAGUAAACAGAGAGGAAAGGGAGUCCCAAGUAAUGAUGAUAAAAGAAGGGUAUGUGGAAAUAAUCGAUGAUGAUUUGCGAGCCCCCAUUUAUAUCUAUUUGAUGAAAGGAGAUCUCCCGCGAGAUAGGCAAGAGGCAAACAAAAUUAAAAGCAAGUCUACGAAUUACGAGGUGCGAGAAGGACUCCUGUACCGAAGAUCUUAUUUGGGUCCGAUGAUGAGAUGCUUGUCGCAGAAGCAGGGGAUAAAAAUCAUGAAAUCAAAUCACUAUGGGGACCCUGGUAAUCAUAGCGGAACCAGGUCACUAGCUCUCAAAACCAGGACGCAAUGGUACUUUUGGCCAUAUAUGCACAAAGAUGCGAAGGAUAUAUCCACAAGGUGUGAAGCCUGUCAAAGAUUUGGGAAAAGGAUACAUGCACCAUACACGAGAUUAAACUCUGUAUUGAGUGUAUGGCCCUUCGCCAUGUGGGGAAUAGAUAUCGUGGGACCGUUUGUGAUCGGGACAAUGGAAAGAAGGUACCUGAUAGUAGCAACAAAUUAUUUCACGAAAUGGGUGGAAUCCAAAGCCCUACAACACACGAGAGUUGGUGACGUGUACGAUUUCAUCCUGGAGCAUAUUAUUUUUAGAUUUGGAAUACCAAUUAUGAUUGUUUCAUACAAUGGGAAACAGUUUGAAGGAGAAAAUGUAAGAAUGUUAUUUAACGUAUUGAAAAUUCAAUCCGGGAAAUCAACUCCGCUGUACGCACAGAGAAACAGGCAAGCGGAGGCUACAAACAAGACGAUAGCAACAACGUUAAAGAAAAAGUUUGACGGUCAUCAUAAAGAAUGGUGUGAACAUAUCAACCACCAGGAGAGAUGCAACGGGAAUUUCACCCUUUUGUUUGACAUGGAGCUGAGGCGGUGCUGCCCGCCGAAGUCAUCCUUUCAACCACGAGAAGAGAAGCAUGGGAGAAAAGGAUAA